AUGCGGAGGGUGAGAGACCCAGAGACAGCGUUAACCCUUGCACGAUCAACCCUCUUCGCAAACACUGAAUCUAACUUAUCGGAAUUUAAAGAGGAACUCGAAGAAGCUCAUCCCGAUUUCUUCAAUUCUGGGUCUGAUUUUGAUCCGAUUCCUUCUGAAGCGAUUCCAGCCGACGAUGACGUCUUGCCCGACGUCGAGUAUGCAAUCAAGAGUUGCUUCCAGGUGGCAUGCAAUUACUUCGGGAUCUUACACGUUGGCGGCGACAAAAUGCAGAUACCUUUAAAGGAAGUCGCAUCCAUUGACUUGAAUACAGGAGCAGUCAUAUGCAGAUUUUCAUCCAGCGCCCUUAGAUGUAUAAAACACCACAGAGCUAACGUGACGAUCUUCAAAGCUCUCUACGCUAGGAAGCCCAAUCUCGCGAGAAGUUACUUAAAACGGAAGAACUUGCCUUUGGAGGGCCCGAUAUUUGCCUUAAGUCCUGCGGGAAAUUCCAGAAAAAGUUCCAGAUCAGAUGAAAAUACCACGCAGCGCAGUGAGUCUUCGGCCAUGAAUGCCACGAAUCGUUUGUUGAGCAAGUUGUCAAAAUCAUCCUCGUACAUAAGUUCAACGUGCAGUCAAAUGGUGAGGAGGUUACAUCAAUCACCGACGUACAAUAAUCUGGCGAGAGGGUUGUCGAAAUCGAAUAUUUCUAGCGCGUACAACGGCGUGGUGAGGAGCUUAUCCAAAGCUAGUCCGGUUGCCCCUGCUAAAAGUGUUACAUGAAGAAUGGCAUGUAAAUGGACGAUUUCCAUGAGAUUUGGCAUGUAAAUAGCCAACUUCCAUGAGAUUUGGCAUGGAAAUCGGGGUGUAACGCAUGGAAGGCGAGACGUUUCCAUGAGGCUGGCAUGGAAAUCCUGACCACUUCCAUCCAACUUGCAUGUAAAUAAAGUAAUUGCCAUGCAACGUGAAAACUAUACUGCAUGGAAAAGUAUGGUUUACAUGCAAGUUGGAUGGAAAUGUUCCAGUUUCCACGCCGAUCGCAUGAAACAUAGCUGGUGCCUCCCAAGUGCAUGGAAACAUUGGGUCCGUCAGUGGUGCGCAUAUUAUUUAUUUCAUUUCAUUUAAUGACCUAUGCAGGGUUGCCACAGAAUUUAGAAAAUGAAAUUCCCUGACAUUUCCCUGAUUUCCCUGACACAUUUUGGUGAA